GAUUUUCGAAUUAUUAGCGAACACAUAUCGAACGAAGCGAAUUCGAUUUUUUGUAUUACUGUUGGAUCCGGAUUCGAAUACGAGUAGGAAUAGCACCAUAUAAACCGAACUCGAAUCCAGGUCGGCAUGCGAUCCACUGCUAUAUUACAAAAAUAGCAGCCCCCAAAUCCCUGAAGAAGCCCACAGCUCCAAAAAGCCCUAGAGCCCCUUUUUACCUUUCUCUCGAUCAUCCAAUCUCUAUUGCAAAUCCUCCACCCGCCAAAUCUCUUUCCGAUCAUCCACAGUUGAUCAGAAACGUGAUCUCGUUGGAGAAUAAUCAAACCCUAACCCUAGCUAUUGGCUGGUCAAAUUGGAGGCUGCUCUUUGAUUCAAAGGUACCGUUCCAGCGAUGGCCGCACUCAAAGAUCUCCUCCCUGCGCCCAAAUCCACUUCCUCCUCUUUCUAUGAUCACACGAGAGACACAUGGUUCAAAGAGCGCUACUCUUCAUCUUCCUCCGACUCCUCUAAAACCCCAGCAUUCAAACCCAAUCCGGUCCCACCUUAUGGCAAGCGGUCGGGCUUCAUUCCAAGAAAGGUCGAAGACUACGGCGAUGGUGGUGCCUUCCCAGAAAUCCAUGUUGCCCAAUACCCUCUUGAUAUGGGCCGCAAGGACCAAAAACCGGGGUCUAAGAUAUUACCUUUGACAGUGGAUUCCCAAGGGAAGGUAGCCUUUGAUGCAAUUGUCAAGCUAAAUGAGAAUGCAUCAAAGAUUGUUUACUCUCAGCACAAGGAUUUGGUCCCUAAAGUAGUCUCUGAAGAAGAGCAACAAUCCGAGGAGUUGCAGAAGGAGAUUGAGGAAUCAACCCAGAGGACAAAGGAAGCUUUGGAAAAGAUUGUUAAUGUUAAGCUGAGUGCAGCUCAGCCCAAAAAUGUGCCGACCCAGUCGUCAGAGUCUAAGUUUAUUAAAUACAAGCCGUCACAACAAUCUGCAGCAUUUAAUUCGGGUGCACAGGAGAGGAUUAUUCGUAUGGUUGAAAUGCCCGUGGACCCUUUAGAGCCACCUAAGUUCAAGCAUAAGAGAGUUCCAAAGGCAUCAGGGUCGCCUCCUGUGCCUGUUAUGCAUUCACCACCGAGGCCUGUAACCGUGAAAGAUCAGCAAGACUGGAAGAUCCCUCCGUGUAUUUCUAAUUGGAAGAAUCCAAAGGGUUACACAAUUCCUCUUGAUAAGAGACUUGCCGCUGAUGGGCGAGGGCUUCAGGAGGUGCAGAUCAAUGAUAACUUUGCGAAGUUAUCAGAAGCUCUGUAUGUUGCGGAGCAGAAGGCUAGGGAGGCUGUCGCUAUGAGAUCAAAGGUUCAAAGGGAGUUGAUGCUGAAAGAGAAGGACAGGAAGGAACAGGAGCUUCGUGCCUUGGCUCAGAAAGCGAGGUCUGAGAGGACUGGAAUUGCACCAGCUCCUUCUGCUCCAGUCGCUGAUAAGAAUAUGAUAGAUGAUGAUAUGCCCGCUGAUCGUCCAGAGCCUAGGAGGGAGACAAGGGAGGAGAGAGAGCAGAGAAUGGAGCGUGAUAAGCUUCGUGAGGAGAGGAGGAGGGAGAGGGAGAGGGAGAGGAGGUUGGAAGCAAGAGAUGCUGCUAUGGGAAAGAAGAGCAAGCUUACAAGGGACAGAGACCGAGAUGUUAGUGAGAAGGUUGCUCUUGGGAUGGCUAGCACUGGAGCAGGGCGAACCGGGGAGGUUAUGUAUGAUCAAAGGCUCUUCAACCAGGAGAAGGGAAUGGAGUCUGGAUUUGCUGCUGAUGAUCAAUACAACGUUUACGACAAGGGGCUGUUCACUGCCCAGCCUACUUUAUCUACUCUGUAUAGGCCUAAGAAAGAUGCUGAUUCUGAUAUGUAUGGAGGUGCUGAUGAACAACUGGAAAAGGUCAUGAAGACUGAGAGGUUCAAGCCUGAUAAGGGAUUCACGGGGGCUUCAGAUAGGCCCUCUGGCAGUAAGAGAGAGAGGCCGGUUGAGUUUGAUAAGCAGGAGGAGAAUGAUCCAUUCGGUUUAGAGCAGUUCUUGACAGAGGUGAAGAGAGGAAAGAAGGCUAUGGAUAAGAUUGGUGGUGGAGGAACCAUGAAAGCUAGCGGAGGGUCUUCAAGAGAUGACUAUGAAGGAGGUGGCUCGGGAAGGACCAGAAUUGCCUUUGAUAAAGGGCGUUAGAGGAUGGACCAAGGAAGGACUCCUAGUUUAUCACCUGGAUUUUAUUUUAAAACUGCUGUGGCAAAGGUCAGCUUCUAAUUAUAUGUUCGUUCCAGUGUUGAAUGUUUCUUCAAGGUGCUUUUAUUUGCUAUCUUAUUAGAGACACGCUGUUUGUAAAGUAACUUUUUCGAUGUUUGCAUUUGGAUGUGUUGGAUUAUUAUGUGUUGGUAUAAUCAUGACUCUGCUUUUUUGGUAGCUUCUUUAGUGAUUCUUUUGA